GCCUCCCUGCGGAACUUUCUCUCUGAGCAGGGACCCGGCGCCCCCUUCGCAGACCGGGCUGGGGAAGGAGCCAAGCCCGCGGGCCCCUCGGAUGCACCCAGCCCACCUGCGCCAGCCGGGCGCUGCCCUGGCCCGGACCCUGCGCGCCCUGCCCCGGGACGAUGACGCAGCCCAUGUUCCAUGCAGCCACCCUGCUGCUUCUCAUCGCUGUCCUCUCCUCCCCGCCGGCGCUCAGCGAGAGGGGGCGCAAGAAGGUCGUCCAAGUGUCAGAGGAUGAGAGCGGGGCCGUGGUCGUCCAGACCGCGCCAGGGAAGGUGGUCACCCACCGGGGCGGGACCAUCACCCUCCCCUGCCGGUACCACUAUGACGUGUCAGCCCACGACCCCGCUGAGAUCCGCCUCAAGUGGACCAAAGUGAUGGACCCGAUGUCUUUCGUGGACGUCUUUGUGGCCAUGGGGAAGGAGCGCAGAGCCUUUGGGAGCUACCGGGGGCGCACGGCACUGCAGGAGGACGGGGCAGGGGACGCCUCCCUCAUCAUCCGCAACGUCACCCUGCAGGAUUACGGGCGAUAUGAGUGCGAGGUCACCAAUCAGCUGGAGGACGACACAGGCAUGGUGAAGCUGGAUCUGGAAGGAGUGAUCUUCCCGUACCACCCGCGCCUCGGCCGCUACACCCUCAACUACCAUGAGGCCCAGGAGGCGUGUCUGGCCCAGGAUGGCAUCCUGGCCUCCUACGACCAGCUGCACAAGGCCUGGCUGGAGGGCAUGGACUGGUGCAACGCUGGGUGGCUGGAGGAUGGCUCCGUGCAGUACCCCAUCUCCAGGCCCCGAGACGAGUGCGGCCGCAAAGACACCCCUGUCGGGGUCAGGACCUAUGGGUACCGGCACAAGGACGACGAGCGCUACGACGCCUUCUGCUUCACGUCCAACCUGAAUGGAAAAGUCUACUUCCUGAAGACCUACCGCAAGCUGAGCUACCCCGAGGCCCUCCAGGCCUGCAAGAAGAACGGGGCCAAGGUGGCUAAGGUGGGGCAGCUCUACGCUGCCUGGAAGAUCCAGCUGCUGGACAGAUGUGAGGCGGGCUGGGUGGAGGACGGCAGCGUCCGCUAUCCCAUCGUCAACCCCCGGGCACGCUGCGGGGGCCAGGAGCCUGGCGUCCGCAACUUGGGCUUCCCAGACAAGAAGUACAAGCUCUUUGGGGUCUACUGCUACAGAAAGGGCAGCGAGGGGUCCCCCAAGAAAGGCAGCAAGGAGCCGGGCAAGUGGAGGCCUCUCCAGGUGUAAGAGGCAGCCACGGUUGCUCUGCCGGGGACAGAACCACUUGUGCAACCAUCAGACAAACACCGCAGCUGGAGAGCUGCUACCAUAAUAACUACCCCCCACACCCCGCCAGCCGUCCCUUCUCACCUGGAGCCGGCUGUGAGCCAGGACCGUGGGACUGGCUGCUGAGCCCGAGGAAUCUGGCAUUUCUUGGUAACAGCAUCACAGGAAACAGAAGGGAACUCCCCACCCUUACCCCUUUCCAUAGCAGGUGGGGCUGGUCCCACGGCGUGGCAGGCUGGGGCGGGAGUCUGUGGUAGAGAGGUGAAGGGGGCUGGAGGGGGGACCAUGCCAGCUUCAAUUCACUUGCUUUCUCCUGCAAAUGGACAUCCAGUCUCUGCACUCGUAGGGGCCGCUCCCACCGUGCUGUGAUGCAGCCGCUGCCCCACUUGCUAACCCAGCCUCCGGAUUCCUUCUUGGCUUCACGCUGCUGUGGCUAAUGCUUGGACUCUAGUGUUUAGGCCUUUCUCUGCUUGCAGAGGGGGCAGGGCUGGGCUGUCACCCCUGCAGCUUUCCCAGGACCCCCCAUGCCAAGGCCAGGCUCCUGUCUGGGGCUGGGGGCUGUUCACAUGUGCUGCACACCAGCAGCGCUAGGAUGGGUCCUGCCGAACCGGACAGACCUUGCACCCUGCUUCUCUGAUGACUGUGGAGGAUGGAAACUCAGAGGGGGCGGCUGGGCCCAGCUGAGAGCCCUGGAUGAGGAGCGGGUGGAUGAGUGCAAAGUGUCUGCUUGGGAUGGCACCGUCCUGUGGCGUUUACGGCCCAUUCCCUCCCUGCCCAUUCUUGUCAGUGCUUUAGCUAACGGCACCGGAGCAAAACCAACAGCUUCCCCUUGCCUGCAGCGCUGUGAAGAGAAGCAAGCGCGAGGGUGUCGGAAGAGACGAGGGGCGGCGGUGGCGUGCCGCUCCCCUUGCUGGCUGGGAGCUGCACAGCUCAGCACUGGUCAUGCUGACAAAGCUCCCUAAGGGACCAGACGCCACAUACCCAGCGUCAGAUUCAGUGCAAAGCCCUUGAAAUAAGUAUGGAGAGGCCUAUGCUCCCUGAAUCUCCCCUGUAAGAGGCCAGGAGAGCAGGCAUGCUGAGAGCUGGACUCUCUAACUUAAGCUUUUGUAUUGCAAAAACCCUCUGAGGUCUGUAUAAAACAUCUGGCUGAAUAAUCCCAUCUGCAGACUUCAGUUUAAUAUUGUUACAAAUCCAUAGCCAUGUAGGAACUAUGCCAUGCCCAGGCACCUGAUCCAACUUUACAGCGACAGAACUCUGACCCUCCCACUUUGAAAACACACUUUGAGCUGAAGGAGAUUCCCCAUUAGCUCUAUACAGUACAGGGCAUAUGGUACUCAGUGGCACAGCUCAGAUUCCAUCCCACACCAGCCUGCUCAUUGCAAUCGUUAGGGUGAACUACCCUGCCUCUCCCAGCCACUGAGCACAUGAAGCUGGGCACUAUGGGAAAGCAGGAAUCUGGCAAAUCGGGCGUGGUUAAGCUCAAACAGGCAUUCACCACUGACUUAUGAAAGUGGGCUGUGGGUGCUUCGCCGGGAGGGGUACUGUUCUUUGCCUGAUGCUUGCUGCUGUCCCAGGCUUAAACAAUCAAAGCACAGGUGGGCUUUUCCCACUUCUCAGGCAAAGAAAAACAAGAGUGGAUUUUUCAGUCCCCACAGUGCUGUUCUGAGAUCCCCAGCCAGGGGCCCCCUGUGAAAGUGGGGGCUACUCUGUGGAGUUGGGGCAACCGAUGGGGAUUCACACAGCAUCGCAAUAUAGGGCCCCAUCCUGCCAGGGGCUGAGUCCCCUCAGCCACCACUGAAAUCUACACCAUGCAGCAUGGGCUCCGAAAUGAGAGAGAAAUCUAGAGAGGGGGCGAAGCCAGAGAAAGGGGAGGGGACAGGGAAAGGGGACAGGGGUUUGGCUUUCCCCUGCCCUGCAGGUGCGCGCUGCCUCCCAGGACAGGGCAAGGGCCAGGGGUCGGACUCAGUCACCCUGGCGGCUCGUUGUGUGUUUCCCUGCUUGAGGCGCAGAGCCUGUCCCGGUGGCUGGGGUCAUCUCUCCUCCCCUGAUGCAUGCAGUCCAGGUGCCGUCUCCCGCUCUUGCUACAACGCUGCAUCGCUCAGAGACACCGUGCGUCACUUCGUUUUCACCUGCAUGAGCUGCAUGCAUGGCCGGGCGAGGGACACCACCAGUGACACGGGAGGGAGCCCCUGGUCCCUCUGCUCUGAGUUUAGCAGCAGAGCUGAACAAGGUCUCCAUUUCCCUGAUUUAGGGCCAGACAGCAACUGGGACGGACCUGCAAGAGGCUCUCAGAGCCAGAGGUCACAAACGAGCUCCCCAAAUCCGCGGGGGUCUCCCUCCCUUCUGGCCAGUGUGGGGUUGGUUGUAAUCACUGAGCUCAUGAAAUAAAGGCUUG